AUGGACCUCCGGUCGCCUGGGGACCAAGACGAAGUUCUGGCCAGGCUUCGUGGCCCGCUGGUCGCUGACGACCCUCGAGUCCUGGACAUAUUAGGUCGCCAUUACCUGACUCCGCCAUCUACCAGGCCCUACAACCUGUCCCCCGAACCCCUCUUCAAGUUCCUCAUAUAUUUCGAAGACCACACGUUCUUUACAAGCAAUAUAGAAAAGUUAUUUGGCGACCAUCAUGGUGGAUUCUUUGUGGAAGCCGGAGCCUUCGAUGGAGAACAGGUAUCAAACACUCUCCGCCUUGAAAAGGAGUUGGGUUGGACAGGUCUGCUGAUCGAGCCCAACCAUGAGAGCUACAAAAAGCUGACGACGAAGCAUCGCAAGGCGUGGACCUCCAACACCUGCUUGUCGACGGAGAACCACCCGAAGGAGCAGGUGUUGGUCUCCCUCGUCAAAAAAAUAAACAGGAUGUCAAUGCAGGAAAGGAUGCUCGCUAACCGUCGUAGUGCCUCCCAUCUCCUCGGCGUCAAACGCAACACCACCGUUUACGAUAGUUUUAUUGACACGUCAGACAAGUCUUAUUCUGUGGUGCAGUGCUUCCCUCUGGCGUCCUACCUGUUGGCCCUCAAGGUGUCCACAGUGGACUUCCUCUCCCUGGACAUCGAAGGGGCGGAGAAAAGUGUCCUCAAGAAUUUUCCCUGGGACAGAAUCACCAUCCGCGCCAUGGUGGUCGAGGAAGUCCACUUCAAGGAUUUCAACCACCAGUUUGUCGACGACAUGAAGAACAGAGGAUUCGUCCUGAUUGACAAAAAGGGCUUCGAUUAUUUUUUUGUGAAGGGAGACGACCCGAUCAUGAUGAAAGUCCAAGCAAUGCCCUUACCUCCACAAAAUUAA